AUGGAGGAUGCGAGAGUAGUCGCUGGGCAGAAGGACGGUCCAGUUUUGGCAAAGGGGAUUCUUUCUGAUGGCCCUCGUUCCUGUAAUGUGAUGGAGAUGGAUGAAUGCGGUGCUUCAGAGAACCACGAAGAUAGUGACAAGCCCACAAACCCGGAGAAAGGCGAGGCGAGUGAAGUGGUAUUCUCAAGGGAAGCACCACUUCUGAAAAACGACAGUGAAAUCCGUGAAAAAUGCAGUUGCAGCUCCAAGAAACUUGGGUCAUGUUCACCAGCCCUCUCAGACAAUCCUGAGGUUCGCAAAAAGGAAAAGCUUAAAGAUGGGGAGGAGAGAAAGCUCAGCAGGCAGGACCGGAUUGAGCUUGGGCGCCUAUUUCAAGGAGCAGUGAGCUCUCAUGACUGGGAACUCGCUGAAAGCCUCGUUCUUUUGGCAGAUCCUCAGACUCUUAAUGAUGCACUCUGUACUGCCUUGGACUCAAUAUGGUUUCUGACCACACAUCGACAGUUGAAUGGUAUCACUGGACUGAUCAAAAAGAUUGUUGCAAAUGGUGCUCAUGAUUUUACACGGGCAAUACUCAGGACAUCUUUUCUUGCUUCUUGUGUUUCCACAUGUCAGAGCAGGACGAUGAGCUUACCAGAUACUGUCUCUGUCAUGGCCCAAAGGUUUUAAAUUUUAUAUUUAAUUUAGUACCUUGACCUCAGUUAUUUUACAGAUUAUAUUGAAAUAAGAUCCUUCCAUCUUUCCUCUUUUUGACUCUGCAAAUAAUAAAUAAAGAUUGCUUCAACUGCGACUUCAGUGAUUAAAGUGAAGGAAAUUGAUGGUUUUCAUCUGGUACAUGUGAGUCUGCCAGGUUUGUCUAGCUGGUUUUUGCUAUUCUGACAUUGAUCAUUUUCCAGGUUGCAUGAGCGUCUUCAGGAAUGUAAUGGAGACAAGAUGUUGAAGGAAGAAGCCAGUGCUAAAGUCCAGAAGUUCACAGAAUGGGCAUUGAAAUGCAUUGGGUCCCAUUCUAGGUGUGAGGGGAGUAGGGAUGGAGUGAAUCAAAACACAAUAGUCGAGGUUCAACUUCAGCUAUCUGCAUUUAAGAUAUUCCUGGAUCUUGCUGGAAAUCAGCUCACUGGAAAGGACUUCACAGAGGCCUUUGAUGCAGCAUGCUUCCCUCUCACUCUCUUCUCAAGCUCAUUUGAUCCAGGUUGGGCAUCUGGAAUAUCAGCAACUGUGGUACAAGGCUUGCUGGGCACUUUGGUGGAGGGCGGUGCAGACAACGUUAACCAAUGCUUUCUUGAAGCCUCACGCUUUGGGAGCACGGAGCUUGUUCGCAUUUUGUUACAGGUGGUUUGCCGGUGUUCAUUUCAAUUAUUCGAUCAUUUUUUAUAUUAGGGUUUUCAGAAAUUUCUUUUCAAUCGUCUCGUAGCUCAUCUUAACAUGCAUGGUUCCAGAUUCCACUCCAACUAGUGAAUAGAAUGGGAAAAACGCUGGAAUAUGCAGUAACCUAUGUGAAUAUCUCCUAGACUCGGUCAAAAAUAAUCGGGUUUCCAUGCCAUAUUUAUAUUUUCCUUUUCACAGCCCAUUUCCUGUGAAGAACAUCUCGUGGCCUCAAAAUUUUCAUAAUGGAGCUUUUCAAGCUGUUCAACAUUCAGAUUUACUUUCUUUCCGCCAGUAUAAUCUCUCUUUGAUACUGUCAUAUAGAAAUUUCUCCAUGAUUCUACAUGCAUUCUGAGUUCCCUCUUGCCCAAGUUUUCACUGUCGGACAUCCUUAAUCUCCUUUGCUUCUGCUUUUGUGUAUAAGCAGUCGUUUCGCGGAAAACCAGUCUGGUGAAUACAAGGCAGAAAGGUAGAAAAAAUUAUGUCUUCUGCUAAUAGAAAUAUACCAGUUAAGAAGAAUAGCUUAAAAUGGAAAUGUUGACAUUGGAAAAAUUUGACCUGGGGCUGUACGAGAGGAAAAAGAUUAUUUGUAUCGUUGUCUUAGCAGCAGGUUUAUCCCCCGUGGUUCCAGUUGGGGUAGGGAGGCUUGAACAGUUUGAAAGAAACUGUUCAUGAUAUAAAUUUGAUUUCUUUGGACUACAUCUUGGCAAAAUACCUUGUUAAAAUCUGAAUCCCUCUCAGAAGGCCGUGUUGGGAGACGAAAUAGCUCUUUUCACUAUCUUAUGAUUACGUUGACUUUCUCGAGAUAGUCGACUAUAAGGUCAAAUUGCUUGGAGAAGUGCAUUAUCAAUCUCAUUGCUGUUUUGUCAGUUGUUGCAGAGAUGCUGGUUUUAACUACUUGCUUAGUUGAUUCCGUAGAUGGAGUCUGAAUGGUUGGCAUUGUUCUAGUUUGCUCACACAUUUUUUGUUCUCCAGAUUGCACAACGAAAUAGCUUGGACGUGGACGUUGACCUUGCCCUGGGUUUUGCGUCCCAUUACUGUAAGAUCAGCACAAUGGAGUGCCUAGUUGAGGAAGGCAAUGCCGCUGCUUUCCUGGGCCCUCUAUUGAGAGCUGCCGAGAGAGGCUGCAUGCAGGUUGUGCAGUGGUUUGUCGACCGCGGUUGCAGAGAUAUGGAGCUCUGCCUCGCGCUCACAGCUGCGACUUCAAGCAGCCAGCUUGACAUCGCCACCUUUCUGCUCCCACAUGUUCCCCAGCACGUGCUCGCGGCCCUGAGCAUUGAGAUCCUCAAGGCGGCUGGGGAGCGGAGCGGGGGCUCCCUCAACGGCGUCGCGUUCCUCCUCCAGUCAGAUUUUCUUGGGGAUUCGGAGGCCACAUACGCCGUUGCUGACAGCAUUGCCAGAUCGGAUGACAAGUCAGUGGCUCCGGAGCUGAAGGCUUUCCUGCAGGAGCACUGGUCGGAGGCUGCCUUCUCCGCCGGGCUGCGUUGCGGGCAGGAGCACUAUGUAAAUUUCAUGAGGAUUCUGGUGCUGGGUCGGUCUCCGAUUUGCCUGUGGGACCUUCCCUCGCCCUUGAGAACUGCCAUCGCAUACUUGCCGCUGUACAGGGAGUGCGCAGAUGCAGGUGCCGGUGGGCGGCUGCUCUCGCAGCGGCUGAGAGGGCAGCUGGUGGAGGCAGUGCAAAGGCUUGCUAACCAGCUACCGGACAAGGGAACCAACAGCACGGACCUGCUGGCGGUUCUGGAGCGUCACCUUCCUCCCUUUCUGCUCCCCAGUCGGCAGAGCUCGGCCUUUCCACCAAAGUAG